AUAACAAAAAUCCGUCUAAAAGUGAAACCCCAAAUCACAUCCCGCUGUCUCUUCUUCGCCGCUGGAGCUUCAGUUUCGUCCUCGUCGGUGUGCCUGCUCGUUGGUGCCGCCCUUGUAUGGUUCUUCUCUGCUGGUCGAACUUCAAUUUAUUCUCUCUUGUCGUGGAGUACUUCAUACGCGGGAUUGACGAAGAUUUAAUUUAGGUUUGCUUUAGUUUUGCGGGUUAGCUUCAAAGCUUGAUGACAUUGAAAAAUUAUUCAAGUAUUUUAGUGUAAAGUUUGGGUUUUCUUCAAGGAGAGACGUGGAAUUGAAAAGCUGGAGUGUUGGUGAUUGAGGUAGCAUAUAUUAGAGCUCAAGGAGAGAAAACUUAUGGUGCCUUUUUCAGCCGGAGACGGUGGCCGCCAGUGGUGGGCAGCACAACUAUUUGAGAAAAUUUUGAAAUACGGGGAACUCCUUAUACCCGAGUCCCCAGAAUAGUUCACUGGUAGUCCAGCUGUUUGGUUAAAUGCCUCACUGAUAUUAAAACUCAAAUUUCAAGUUCUGAAUUGCAAAAAGAAGCUUGAGCUGGCGAUGAGCAUUAGAUGGCCAAGAUUUUUAACUCCAACACAUCUCUCUCAAAUUAUAUCAACUCAAAAGAACCCAUUAACUGCGCUCCAAAUCUUCAACCAAGCCCAACAAAAAUACCCCAACUAUCGUCACAAUGGUCCCGUUUAUGCCACCAUGAUCAACAUUCUUGGGAACUCUGGUCGAAUUUUAGAGAUGAAGCAAGCAAUUGAUCAAAUGAAAGACGAUUCUUGUGAGUGCAAAGACUCAGUUUUUGUCGGGGCUAUCAGAACUUUUGCAAGAGCUGGAAUGGUAAAUGAGGCUGUCAGUCUCUUUAACAGCAUUCCUCAAUUCAAUUGUGUCAAUUUUACUGAAUCUUUUAAUACCAUUUUGGGAAUAGUGCUGAAGGAGUCUAAUUUUAAAGCAGCACAUAAGCUGUUUUUGGAUAACUGUUGGAGGUUGGAAGUGAAAUCUCGGGUGAAAUCAUUGAACUUAUUAAUGGAAGGGCUUUGUCAAUUUAAAAAAUCCGAUCUUGCCUUGAAUAUUUUUCAAGAAAUGGAUUUUCAAGGUUGUUACCCUGAUAGAGAAAGUUAUCGGAUUUUAAUGAAGGGUUUAUGUGAUGAUGGGAGGUUAGAUGAAGCUAUCCAUUUGCUAUAUUCAAUGUUUUGGAGGAUUUCCCAAAAGGGUAGUGGUGAAGAUAUCGUGAUUUAUAGGAUUUUAUUGGAUGCUUUAUGUGAUAAUGGGAAGGUUGAAGAAGCUUUAGGAAUUCUUGGCAAGGUUUUGAGAAAGGGUUUAAAGGCUCCUAACAGUUGUCGACAACGACUUGAUUUAAGUAAAUGUAGAGGUGGGGAAGAUUCAGAAGCCACUAAACGCUUGAUUAAUGAAGCCUUGAUAAGAGGUGGAGUUCCUAGUAUGGGUAGCUACAGUGCUAUGGCCAUUGAUUUAUAUGGUGAAGGUAGAGUGGAUGAGGGUGAGAAAGUGCUUGAUGAAAUGCGUAAGAGAGGGUUUUGGCCAUCAUUGUCCAUGUAUGAAGCGAAGGCAGAAGCUUUGAGUAAGAAAGGGAGAGUUAGUGAAGUAGUGAAAAUAAUUGAAGAGGAUAUGAUAGAGGGAAUAUGUGUUCCAAGUGUCAGGUUGUAUAACAUUGUACUGAAAUGCGUUUGUAAUGCAGGGGAUUCAGAAGUAGCUGUUGGAUAUUUGAAGAAGAUGGCCAAGCAGGUUGGUUGUGUAGCUGACAAAGAAACAUACAGCAUUUUGGUGAAUGGGUUGUGCAAAGAUGGUAAAUUUGUUGAAGCAAGUGGGGUUUUGGAGGAGAUGCUGAUCAAAUCUCAUUGGCCUGGUGCUGAAACUUAUAACAUACUUAUAAAGGGGCUUUGCUCAAUGGGUAGGCAAUAUGAAGCUGUGAUUUGGUUAGAAGAGAUGGUUAGUCAGGGGAUGCUGCCAGACAUUUCAAUAUGGAACUCAUUGGUUGCAUGUGUGUGUUGUAAAAUGAGCGACAUAGAUUUUUGGUAUGAGGGCGGUUUAACCCUGUAAGAGUAUCUGUUUUCUCCCUUUCUAAGCUAAAAUUGUAUGGAACAAACGGAAGUAACCACUAGAUCAAAAAUAAAACUGGACGUUUGUUGAUUUCUCCAAA